AUGAAGAAAGAAUUUGAAAUGAGCAUGGUGGGGGAGCUAAACUACCUCCUUGGUCUUCAAGUGAAACAACGAAAAGAUGGGAUAUUCAUAUCUGAAGAGAAAUAUGCCAAAAAUCUAGUGAAGAGAUUUGGUUUGGACUCUAGGAAACAUGCAUCUACUCCAAUGAGUUCCUCGGUCAAACUGAGCUCCAAUCCAAUCGAUGCGGAAGUAGAUCCAACCCUAUACAUAAGCAUUAUUGGCAGUCUUCUAUAUCUCACUUCAAGUAGGCCAGACAUAGCCUUCAAUGUUGGGGUAUGUGCUCGUUUUCAAACAGCUCCCAAAGAGUCUCAUAUGAUGGCGGUUAAAAGAAUCAUUCGCUAUGUCAAUGGAACAUCCGACUAUGAGAUUUGGUACUUAAAAGACUCAAAUGACUGCCUAGCCGAAUAA